UUGGAUUAACGCACGAAAGUCAGAUUCAGAAUUAUUUUAAAAACCUUUUCCCUUUCCAACAUCUCUUACCCAAAAAAAAAAACACCACGGCGCUUCCUUUCUCUCUCUCUCUCUAGUUAAUUUGAAUCUCCGGAUCACCGCCAUCCCCCUCUAAGCCAAAAAUUUACGCCUCCUCCCUUCUGCUUCAACAAUGACGAAAGUUGCUAAGAGGAAGGCGACGCAGAAAGACGACGCUAAGCCUCAUUCCUCUUCGCAAGAGGAUCAGAAAGAGAUUCAGAAGGCUGCUCCUCGUGCGAAGCGUGGUAAGGUCGGUUCCAAGGCCGAACCGGAGGAUCAGAUGAAGGCCUCCUCUUCUUCACAAGAGAUCCAGAAGGAGAGUAAAAAGGAGGCUGCUCCUCGUGCUAAGAGUAUUAAGGUCGCCGUGAAGCACAAGCCGGAGCCGGUGCCGGAGUACUUCGAGGAUAAGCGUAACUUGGAAGAUUUAUGGACAGCAGCGUUCCCAGUUGGAACAGAGUGGGAGCAGAUGGACACUCUCUACAACUUCAACUGGAACUUUUCAAAUCUAGAAGAGGCAUUUGAAGAGGGUGGAAAGUUAUAUGGGAAAAAAGUUUAUAUCUUUGUUUCAACAGAGCCUCAGCUGGUCCCUUACAAGGGAGAGAACAUAGUGACUUGUAUACCUGUUGUGGUUGUUGUUGUGUCUCCUGUCCCACCUUCAGAUAAGAUAGGUAUUAACUCAGUGCAGAGAGAAGCCGAAGAAAUUGUUCCAAUGAGACAAAUGAAAAUGGAUUGGGUUCCUUAUAUGCCACUUGAGGAUAGGGACAGCCAAGUUGAUAGGAUGAAAUCUCAAAUUUUUAUCUUGAGCUGCACUCAAAGAAGGACUGCUUUGAAACAUCUGAAGAUAGAACGUCUCAAGAAAUACGAGUACUGCCUGCCUUAUUUCUAUGACCCCUUGAAGGAAGAUGAGCUUGAACAAAACACUGUGGUUCAAAUAUUUUUUCCAUUAGAACCACCGGUAGUCUGUGAAUUCGAUUGGGAAUUUGAUGAAGUUGAUGAGUUCACAGAUAAACUAGUCGAGGAGGAGGCAUUACCUGGAGAUCAAAAGGAUGCCUUUAAAGAGUUUGUUGGAGAGAAAAUUCGGGAAGCAAAAAAGGCAAUUAGAGAGGCAAGACAAGCACGGAAAAAGGCCCGUGAAGAAAUGAGAGAGGAAAUCAAAGCAGCAUUCCAGAACAUGAAAUUUUACAAGUUCUAUCCUGUGAAAACUGCAGAUACUCCUGAUGUAUCCCAAGUUAAGUCCGCUUUCAUAAACAGGUAUUACGGGAAAGCUCACGAGGUUCUCUGAUUGGGCUUUUAGGGUGCGAAUGUUACUGCGGGUUGGAAGUUUUUUUUUUUUAAUGUAAGCAUACAGUACUUUUAAAUAUUUAUGCAUUUAAUAAUAAUUUUUUAAAAUU